AUCUUCGCAUUUCUCUCUUCCUCGUCCUCCCACAAAUUCUCCCUUCUCCUCGGCGAGCGGACACCUUACGCGUUGGGAUUCCAAUCCCGCUAAUCACCGAGCGGAAAGCGACUAAAUCUGUAGAGCGCAGUUGCGAGAGAGACUGUGCGAGCCCGUGCAACCCCGUGCGAGUGUGUGCGAGCGUGUGCGAGUGUCUGCGAGUGUCUGCGAGCGAGCUCCCAUGGACGGCGUGCGUGAGGCCACCGCCAACCUGUCGCUCGCGGACGGCGCGGGCGGCGCAGAAGCGCAGGGCGGAGGCGGAGGCGCAGGAGCGGGGGCCGGGGCGGGGCGGCGCAACCGCAUCCAGGUGUCGGGCACGAAGCGGCCGCUCUACUUCUACGUGAACCUCUCCAAGCGGUUGCUGCAGCAGUUCGAGGAGGUGGAGCUGUCGGCGCUGGGCCUGUCAAUAUCCACAGCGGUCACAGUGGCGGAAAUACUCAAGAACAACGGUUUCGCUGUGGAAAAGAAGGUGGCGUGCAGCACCAUGGACCUGCGGUCGGAGGACAGGGGGGGGCGCUCAGCGUUCAAGCCUAAGCUGGAGGUGUUUCUCGCCAAGUCAGAGCAGUUCGAUCAACUCAUGGCGGCAGCAGCAGAGGAGGCGCUAGUUGCGCCUCCAGAAACGAGCUGAUUGGAUGUUGUCAGAUCAUGGCUGCUUGCAUGUGCGUGUUUAUUCAGGGUUGAUUAGGAAAAGAGAGUUGGACGCAGCGUUAUCGGAAGGUUGUGUUGGACUUGGCAAGUCGAAAUGGUGGUGGUAGCGUCAAGUAGGUCGGUUCCUUCUAACGCAAUUGCUAGACACGAGGUCUAAAACUAGAAGAUGGGAUGGGAGGUGCUCCUACAAUUGCACAUGGAAAAAGAAGUUGCGCUGGCCUGAAAGUCAAAUAUAAUGGCAGGAUUGUGGUUGUAGGUGUAAAUUUUCGACAGGUGUUGCAGAAGACUAAGUAUAGAAUCUGCAAACACG